ACACAUUCAAACACCUCCUCGAUCGCCUCCUCCACCGGCCAAAAAACCUAGCCGCCGCAACCGCCACUGCAACCAUGGGUGCCUGCGCAACCAAGCCCAAGACGCUUGAGGGGCAGGCCCCAGCUGAGGCCAACAUCUCCACACCCAAGGUUGCACCCGAGACCACUACCGUCCCCACUGAGGUUGCGGCUGAACAGGUAGUUGAGAAGGUGGUGGAGGAGGACAAGGAGGAGGAGCCGGCGGCAACGGCGGCGGAGCAAAAGCUGCCAGCGACUGCCGAGCCCGAGCAGAAGGCUGAUGAGGUGAUCACUCCAGAGGCGGCGGUCGUCGCCGAGCCCGAGAACAAGGAGGAGGAGGAAGAAGCUGUGGAGAAGACUGUCGUCGAGGAGGAGAAGCCAUCAGCCCCUGCAGAGGAAAAGAUUGCCACCGGUGAGGUGAUGGCCGAGCCCACGGUGGAGGUGAUCAAGAAGGACGCUGAGGAGGAGGAGAAGGAGACGGAUAAAGAGAUAGAGAAGCCAACACAAAGCUGAUCGUCCAUGCAUGCAUGUCAAUUGGUUGAUGGCUGAUGAUCGUUGUGCGAGCAAAGCUAAGGGGCCACUUGAAUUCUCUAGAGUUGGCAUGCAUAUACAUGUAUAGGUCGGGAGAGAGAGUCGGCCACCAUGUAACAAACCUUUGAUGUCUCCCAUUUUUCCUCCACGGGGUUCUUAUAAAACAAUAUUCUUGGGCCUAUUGAAUGCUGAUUCCGUUAUGAAUCGCCUGCUA